AUGAUACUAUACGUAAAUCGUAUCCGUGUAGCGCAGUCCAAAGUGGCAACCCACAGAAUGCAAAGGUUGGUUGUUGUUUUCUGUGCCCUGUUCUGCGUCUCCACAUGCAGCGGAGAUUGCCCAUCUGGUUGUGAGUGCUUUGAGGCGUCCUGGACUGUCAAAUGCAUUUCCACGAGCUUACGUGAAAUACCGAGCGACAUCCCAGGAUAUACAAGUAAUUUAUUCAUCACUGGAAAUGAGAUAAGACGGCUUAAUUACAACUCAUUUGAUGGACUAAAGAAUGUAACCAACUUGGUCUUAAGCUAUAACGGGAUCAAAGAGGUUGCGUCCCACUCUUUCUCCUCCCUAACCAUGUUGCGCAGUCUGGACCUGAGUGGUAACCAGUUGUCCCUCAUUCAUCCAGAGGCUUUUUCUAUAUCAGGGAGUCCACUACAGGAACUCAACCUCAGCUCCUGUCUGUAUAACCACACCUCACUGACGGACCUCAUUACCGCACUGCGCUGGGGCGGGCUUGGCAGCUUGCUCCGCCUCGAUCUAGCUGGGAACCGCCUCGUUCUCCUACCCCCAGGGAUGUUCUCUCCUCUGCCCAGCUUACAGCGCCUUUUCCUGGGUAACAACUCUCUGGUGGCGGUCUACAAUGGUACUUUCUCCGGCCUUGAGCGUCUGGUGCGGCUGGACCUGACCCGAAACGCUUUUCGGACCUUCAGCGCCGAGGGGCUCCGCGAGCUGGAGAGGUUCGAACGGGCCCGGCUCCUGCUGGGCGAGAACCCGUACGCGUGCUCGUGCGAGACGGAAGAGUUCGCGGACUGGCUGAACAGCUCCAGGGUACAGGUGGGCGAUUCGGAGAGGGUUACCUGCUUCUCUCCCCCUGAGCUUCGCAAUGCAGCGGUCAGGGCUCUCACGGCGCAGGCGUUGGGAUGUUACGGGAAACCCAAGGAGGAGGGGGUGGCUGAUUUGACCCUGCAGACCUCGUACGUGUUCCUCGGUCUUGUCCUUGGUUUUGUGGGCAUGGUCUUCCUCCUCGUGGUUUACCUCAACCGACACGGCAUCAAAAAGCGGGUCACAGACACGCAUAGAGCCUGCCAAGAUGUACUGGACGCUUAUCAGUACCGCUACGAGAUCGAUUCGGACCCACGACUUAGGCACAUUUCCACAAACAACCACCAACAACACCACAGGCAUACAGCAGAACCUCAUACAGGAAGGAUCCCCUCGGACACUUGCAUCACUCCAGUGCCUGCUGACAUCACUGACAUCACGCUAUGA